AAUUCAAUUGGCACUUAGGUCAUAGCCAGCCAAUCCUUUCUUCAUUCUGCUUGCUGCUGCUCGCCGGUCGUGUGGUUACCCCUCACGUUUGUCAUUUUUAUUUUAUUUUGUUUGUCAGUCACCGCUUAGGAAAUGAGUGGGGACCAUUCCCACAACGAGGACCAGAUCGACUGUGGCUCUCGGGUUAACGAUUCCCACAGGCAUAAAUAUAAAGAACACAAACACAAGGACCACAAGAAGGAUAAGGAACGGGAGAAACUAAAGCACGGCAAUGGUGACCACGCGUCUGACAAAAAACAUCGAGACAAGGAUAAGAUGAAGCACAAAGAUGGAAGCACAGACAAAUUGAAGGACAAGCACAAGGAGAAGAAGAUUAAAGUCCUUGAUGGUAAAAUCAAAAAGGAGAAAGAGAAUGGAUUUGCCAGCCCACCACAUGUGAAGUGCGAGCCCGACGAUGACUUUUACCACUCCCCGAAACACGAGAAGUCUCUCAAGCGAGAGCGCGACGAUGACGAAGAUUAUGAUUUUAAGUCCAAAAAAGUUAAGACAGAAAAUGACAAGAAGGACAAAAAAAGGAAACAAAUGGAGGACAUCAAGCCUAAAAAAACAAAAGAUAAAAAAGGAGAAACUGCUGAUGGAAAAAAGAAAGCAAAAAAGGAACCAGAAGAGAAAUGGAAAUGGUGGGAAGAGGAGAGAUACACAGAUGGUGUCAAGUGGAAAUUUCUGGAGCACAAAGGACCUGUGUUUGCCCCUCCAUACGAGCCCCUCCCGAGCAAAGUCAAUUUCUACUAUGAUGGUAAGGCAAUGAGGCUCAGCCCAGAGGCAGAAGAGGUGGCCACGUUCUUUGCCAAAAUGCUGGAUCAUGAGUACACCACAAAGGACAUCUUUCGAAAAAACUUUUUCAAAGAUUGGCGGAAAGAAAUGACAUCGGAGGAAAAGGCUAAGAUCACAGAUUUGAAGAAAUGCAACUUUUCGGAGAUGUCUGACUACUUCAAGGCUCAGUCGGAAGCCAGAAAGGCCAUGUCCAAGGAAGAGAAGCUGAAAAUAAAAGCAGAGAACGAGCGCCUCUUGCAGGAGUACGGCUUCUGCAUCAUGGACAACCAUAGGGAACGUAUUGCUAACUUUCGCAUUGAGCCCCCUGGCCUGUUUCGUGGUCGUGGAGACCAUCCCAAGAUGGGCAUGCUUAAACGUCGGAUCAGACCUAAAGACAUCAUCGUCAACUGCAGCAAGGACUCCAAGCACCCGCAGCCUCCCCCGGGCACAAAGUGGAAAGAAGUUCGUCAUGAUAACAAAGUGACGUGGUUGGUGUCGUGGACGGAGAACAUCCAAGGCUCCAUCAAGUACAUCAUGUUGAACCCCAGCUCGAGGAUCAAGGGAGAGAAGGACUGGCAAAAGUAUGAAACGGCCCGCAGACUAAAGAAAUGCGUGGACCGCAUCAGGACCCAAUAUCGCGACGACUGGAAGUCCAAGGAGAUGAGGAUCCGACAGAGAGCCGUGGCGCUUUACUUCAUCGACAAGCUGGCUCUGAGAGCAGGUAACGAGAAAGAGGAAGGGGAGACCGCCGACACGGUCGGCUGCUGCUCCCUGAGAGUGGAACACCUCAAACUCUAUCCAGAGAACGACGGGCAAGAGUAUGUGGUGGAGUUUGACUUCCUGGGGAAAGAUUCCAUCCGAUAUUACAACAAAGUCCCGGUGGAAAAAAGGGUAUUUAAAAACCUUCAGUUGUUCAUGGAAAACAAAGAGCCGGACGACGACCUGUUUGAUCGCCUGAACACUUCGAUUCUCAACAAGCACCUUCAGGAGCUGAUGGACGGUCUGACGGCCAAAGUUUUCCGUACAUACAACGCGUCGAUCACCUUGCAACAGCAGCUCAAAGAGCUGACAAACGUGGAUGAGAACGUUCCAGCCAAGAUCCUGUCCUACAACAGGGCCAACAGAGCCGUGGCCAUCCUGUGCAACCAUCAGAGGGCUCCGCCCAAGACGUUUGAGAAAUCCAUGCAGAACCUGCAGACCAAGAUCGAAGCUAAAAGGGACCAGCUGUCGGACGCAAAAAGAGAGCUGAAGAGCGCCAAGGCUGAUGCCAAAGUACGGAAGGAUGAGAAAUCCAAGAAGGCCGUGGAGACCAAGAAGAAGGCCGUCCAGAGGAUAGAAGAGCAGCUGAUGAAGCUGGAAGUGCAGGCCACCGAUCGUGAAGAAAACAAGCAAAUUGCACUCGGCACUUCAAAGCUCAACUAUCUCGACCCUCGCAUCUCUGUGGCUUGGUGUAAGAAGUGGGGCAUUCCUGUUGAGAAAAUCUACAACAAAACCCAGCGCGAGAAGUUCGCCUGGGCCAUCGACAUGGCAGACGAAGACUUUGAAUUUUAAAUUCCAGUUUUGAAUUUUAAAUUCCAGGUUGUGGUUUUAACUCUACUUUUUAAUCGGAUACUUGUUUUUACUAUACAGUAAUGAUUUUUUUUUCCUUGAUGGACUGACCCAAGAUAGUUUUGGCAGGAAAAAGAGAAAAGGCCACAUUCGAGUGGUAUUUGAAACAUCUGAUCUGCGAUCAGGCAUCAAGCUGAACUGAGCAUCAAGGCACAGUGCCGGGAUUAAGAUGCCCCACCGCCACCUUUUUCUUCCCUGUGACGAUGCCUGAACUUUGAACUCUGUGGUCCUAUUGCUUGUGUAAUGAGCAAAAAAAAAAAAAAAAAUCAAAAUGCUUUGUAUUAUUGUAUCAUUAUUCACUGUUUUUAUUUUAGCCCCUUCAUGUAUUAUGAAUGCAUCUAUAUUUUGAUAAAAGUCAAAUGAAUUCCUUAAUACCACCCACAGGCCUUUUGAGGACAAGGACAAUUGUGAGCUUGGUGUGUGUGCGGGUGUGUGUGUGUGUGCGUACGUGUACUAGGGGCCCUCACCGUAAAAGCUGUCUGUUUAGGGUGAUUAUUUUAAACUGGACUUUUAAAAAUGGUGUUUAGCAUGCGGAUGUGUGGGAAGUGGGCAAGCUUUUGGGGGGUGGAGGAACACUGCAACCAUGUUAACAUUUACUUAAGCAAGCAGAAUGUGAAUAUAUGUUUUACAGCCUUUCAAUCAGGGACUUUUGUUUUUCCUCUCCUUUCAGUGUAAAUGUGAAUCAAUCAUUUUGAUCGUGUCACUUGCGAGCCCCCAUCCCCUGAAGCUGCUACUCGGGGCCCCCCAAAGUCGACAUCUGGGUUGAGCUUAAUUUGUUUGAAGAAAAAAGAAUCCCCCUGUUACUUGAACUCGGUGUAUUUAAGUCUGUAAAAGGAAACUUGUUUCUCGUUGGAGAAAAGUGUGUGAGGGAUAUCAACUUUGCCAAAAAUAAUCACCAAUCUGUUACGAUUUUAGGUAGUUGUGUAAAGAAUGAGGUUGAAACAAUGUAACAUUUUAAUGUGAAUUCAUUUUAUUCCACUCAAGAUAGGAAAGUUGAUGUAAGUAGUUGUAAAGUCAACAUCCUAUUCCUGUUUGACCUUUUUGUCCUAGCAUUUGAUCAUGUUAAGUUGUAUGCUCAUUGUAGGUUCAGAAUAUAAAUAAAAAACCCCACACAUCAAAACAU